UACAAAUGGCGUGUGCAUCGAUGUCGCGUUGCCCUUGAUUCUCCGAUAAUUACUGUUUUUAAAAAGUAGUUACUUUAUACUUUCAAAAAACCGACUUAUUUAGAUCUGUUCUAGUGCUAGAAGUGCUGUAACCUGUGAUUUGUGGAGUGUUUCAAAUGGUGCCGUGAAAUAUUUGUGUAGCGUCACCUGACCAAGCUCAUUGUCAUUUCCCGCCAUUGUGGACCCUCUGUAAAAUUAUUUCGACUUUCUUCAAUUACCAAGUGCAGUGUUCAUGACGAAUUCUUAAAACAUUAGUCUAGCGAACUAAAGUGAUGUCAUUACACGGUAAUGAUGUCUGCUUGCUAGAAGUAGAAGACUAUAACUUGUACGAAGAGGAGGCAUCGAAUCACGCUUUUGCCAGGAGUGAAAAACAUUCAGUGUCAGGUGGUAGGACGAUGGAGGCGGAAAAACGCAUCCGACGGGAGAUUGCAAACAGCAAUGAACGCAGACGCAUGCAGAGCAUCAACGCAGGCUUUCAGGCUCUGCGGACCCUCCUGCCGAGGCAUGAAGGAGAAAAACUCAGCAAGGCCGCCAUUUUACAACAAACCGCAGAGUACAUCUACUCGCUGGAACAGGAGAAGACCCGACUCCUGUCACAAAACUGCCAGCUGAAGCGACUACUGAACCAGCACGAGGGGGGCGAGAUCCCUCUCAAGAAGAGAAAAAGCGAGAUAAUCUCCCACACGGCGCCCACCACGAUCAUCCCCGACUCCACCGACGACGCCGUCUCCAACUCGCGGUCGCCCGAGCCGGGCGCCGGCGUCGGCCUCGGCGGCAAGAAGGACGCCGAGGGCGCCGAGCUGCGCGUGCAGCUGGAGCGCGAGCGGCGGCUGCGGCGCCUGCUCGAGGAGCGGCUGCACGCCGUCGAGGCGCGGCUCUACCCCGAGCCGGGCCGGGAGCCCGCCGAGCCCGCCGCCUGCAAGCGCGAGGCCGCGGAGGCGGAGGCGGCGCCCGCGCCCGCGCCGCCGCCCGAGCCGGCCGCGCCGCUGCUGGAGGCGGCCAUCAAGGCGGAGCCGCGCGUGGAGGUGGAGGUGCUGCCCGACGCCGCGCCCGAGGCGGCGCGCCUCUACCUGCCCAGCACGUCGCGCCAGAACCUCGAGACCAUCGUGGAGGCCAUCCGCCACCUCGAGGGCGACCACCUGUUCGGCGACGCGGGCGACGCGCCGCUGGCGCUCACCAAGAAGCCGGCGGUGGCGGUGCAGCAGGUGGCGGUGGCGCCGCCCCGGCCCGGAGUCAUCGUGGUGAAGCACUCGUGAUCGCGCUGAGCGCGGCCGAGGGCGAGUAUUUUCGCUUUUGCUCUUUGAGCGUCCGUGACCCUCCUCGAAUGUAGUUUUAAAGUAUUAGUUGUUUAGUUGUCUUUUCCAAAGUGACGAAUCGAUAAGUCUGCGUCUUGUUUUUUUACGCGUCGGAGUCGGGCCGGGAGCGAACGUGGGCGCUGUGCUUAGUUUAGUCUCAAAUGUAAUUAUUUUAAUGCUAAAUUUAAUGUUAUUUUGUUACUCCGGCUUAAUCUAAUUGAUGACGAAAGAUCGAGGGAUUGACUGAUUCGGUUAAGGUAUUGGGAGGAUGACCGCCGCGACGGUUCUAGUGAGGUGAGAUAGGUAACGGGUGGGUGAUGUAGUAUAGGCUUUGUGAUAAUUUUAAAAUGACUACCUGAAGAGUUUGGUUCGAUAGAAAACUACCACCAAGAAAGCAAUAACGCUGAGUAAUCGAUGAUUGAUGGUGUUACUGAGAGGUUGUUCGAAAUGAUACAGCAAUAUUUUGCAUUCUUAAUAUUUUACAAGCAUUUUUAGCAAUAUAAGAUAACCUACUAUGUAAUGUAUCACAUUUGACUCUCUGUGUAGCUAGGAGCGGCGUCUUAUUGCCGCAUUUUGUACUAAUAUAGUAUUAUCAAUAUCAAUUCAUCAUAUAAUAUUCUAAGAUAUGUUUUAUAUAAUACAUGUUUCCUUAAAUCUGAUGUGACGUGAUUAUGAUUGACUUCUAAAUUAUGAAUAUGUAUUGUGUAUAUUGAAAAUAGUAAUCUACUUAGCCAAAAUUGUAUAUCCAGUGUCUCAUUUUCUAUGCUUUUUACAAUCUCCCAGUGCUCGGUUCGCCCUUGACAUUAUAGCCAUUAUUUACUAAAUGACAGUUGUCAAUAAAUAAAAUAUAGAUAGUAUUGUUAGUAUCCGAAAUUAGAGCAUUCCAUGUAGUUUCACACUUAUCUAAGGAUCAAUCUAUAUGUAAAACAUAGAUUGGAGAAUGAGUUAUUAUGUAUUGUAUUAAAAUGAUUAGCAUAAUUCGGUAAAUCCAAUUAAAAUAAUCAUGGGCACCGUUGUAAAGUAAACUGACCUGUUUCAAUGAUGGCAGCCAUGCCAGCGACUGCUGGCCGCUAAUGCUCGGAAAGUGGCAUUUCAAGGAAACCAAUUUAAACAUUUGUGCUGUUUCCUUCACGGCCAUUGUUAUGUUUUUAGCUGAAUUAUAGGUAGUCAAUAAAUGGAAGUUUAGACAAAAGGUCGAUUU